UGUGUGUUGUCUGGACGACCAAAGGCCCAUUUCAACCAAAACAGAUGAUGGAUAAAAAUGCUUUUGAUAAUAAAAAAUAACAACAACAACUCACCGCUUCCACAGCGUGCUGGAGAAUGGAGGUAAAUUUGGAGAACAUUUUGUUCUUCGACUGGACUAGUUUCUCCCGAGAAGACCUAGAGAAUUCCUCUAUCUUCUUCUUCCUGUUACUACCGCCUCGAUCCAGAUUGGAGGUUUCAUAUAAUGACCCUUGUAACGAAAGAAUAAAUGUAAGUAAUAAAACCGUAACACACGUUGCUUGCCGCACACCACCUCACAGGCCUGGCACAGCCACUGUAAACAAGACGUCUAACGUUACAGACUCAAGUAAGGGACGCUCGCUUUGGACACGGUGGCACUUCCCUCGCCAAACGCUACUGUGUUAAACCACCAGGGGGCGCGGACAUACAAGACACAGACUUUUAAUUACUGACAACGAUCAAUGCAUACAAAUGAUGACAGCAACCAAGAGCCCGCAUUCAAUGAGGGACGGUGAUCAAUAUGUUCAGCUUGGAAACAACAAUCGAUAAGCCAACUUCAAAUAUAAAAAGCUGCACAGGGGCAUCUCCUCCUGUUAAUCUCGGCAAAGAAAGAGAGGCUCUACCUACCGGGCAUGUCUGCUAGAGUGGCUCAUGCGCAGAACACACACCACCACUCCACAGAGAAGCCCCUGAUUCAGUGCUACAAGUGUGGGGAGCCAUGUAAGGGCGAGGUGCUGCGGGUGCAGAACAAGCACUUCCACCUCAAGUGCUUCACCUGUAAAGUAUGCGGCUGUGACCUCGCCCAAGGGGGCUUCUUCAUGAAGAAUGGAGAGUAUUUGUGCACGCUGGACUACCAACGCAUGCACGGCACCCGCUGCAAUGGCUGUGGGGACUUUGUGGAGGGGGAAGUGGUCACUGCCCUGGGCAAGACCUACCAUCCUGCCUGCUUCGUCUGCACUAUCUGCAAACGACCGUUCCCUGCCGGGGACAGGGUGACCUUUAACGGGAAGGACUGUCUGUGUCAGUACUGUGUCGAGCCCAUGUCUCCAGGACCAAAGGACAUACUGGGCUCCAGCAAUUGUGCAGGAUGCGGUCGAGACAUUAAGAACGGACAGGCUCUUCUAGCACUGGACAGACAGUGGCAUCUGGGCUGCUUUAAGUGUAAGGCUUGCAGCAAAGUGCUGACCGGGGAGUACAUCAGCAAGGAUGGCGCCCCCUACUGUGAGAAGGACUACCAGAUCCAUUUUGGAGUUCAGUGUGAGGCGUGUCAUCAGUUCAUCACAGGGAAGGUGCUAGAGGCAGGAGAUAAGCAUUACCACCCUAGCUGUGCGAGAUGCAGCAGGUGCAAUCAGAUGUUCACAGAAGGAGAAGAGAUGUAUCUGCAAGGAUCAACAGUCUGGCAUCCUGGCUGCAAGAACACCACUAGGACAGAGGAGAGACACAGGGAGCGGCUUUUGCCUCCGUCCCUCUUAUUCCUCCAAAAAACAGAAAGGCAGCCCACGAGGUCGUCAUCCGAAAGUAUUUGUUCCAGACCUGGUUCAAGCAUACCUGGCUCACCGGGUCACACGAUCUAUGCAAAAGUAGACAAUGAGAUCCUUGAUUACAGAGACCUAGCUGCCAUUCCAAAAGUCAAAGCCAUUUAUGACAUUGAGCGCCCUGAUCUUAUUACCUAUGAACCUUUGUACACCACCUCCCUGGAUGAGAGAGAGGAGAGACAAGAGAGUGUGGGAGAGCUCCACACUGCCAGGAGAGAGCGCUCCCCCAUGCCUGAUGACAAGUCCUCAAGAAACAUGUCGCCAACCCCACUCGGUGAGGGCUCUUACGACAGGAGGGAACGCAUUCUCCAAAGGUCCACCAGUCAGGGCUCCAUAGGAUCGCCAGUUUAUAAUCGCCAUGGUUACACCCCCACUUUGUCACGGUCGCCGCAGCAUUUUCACAGGCCAGAUCAGGGGAGCAACAUCUACAGAAAACCACCCAUCUACAAACAACACGAUACAGCUGCCAUAGCACACCAAAUCAAGUCUGCUGAUGACAUCAUCAGAUCCGCCACCUUCCCCGCUGCCCAUGCUCCCUCUCCAGAUGACAGCUCACGGAGCGAGGGCAACCAUUGGCCCUACUCUCUCGCUGUAUUAGGUUCAGAAGGGAGGAGACGAUCCAGAGAAGAGGAGGAGGAAGAGGCCUUGAAAAAAAAACAGCUCCAGGAGGAACAUCUCAGCAAGAUUCAGUCUGGUUUGGGAAAGCUCAUUCUGAAGGAGGAGAUGGAAAAAGAGCAGAUCAGGGAGCGUCACGCACGUAGCCUGUCGGCUCAGCGCUACGACCCCAAACAGACCAACUGUGACGCAGAUCCAACCUCUCCCACCAAAACUAACUCCCUGCCUGGCUAUGGAAGGAAUGGGCUGCACCGGCCCCAGUCAACAGAUUUCACCCAGUACAACAGCUAUGGUGACAUGUGUGGAGGAGGCAGAGAGUUUCAGCACAUUAAGGAUGGCCGUGCAGCACUUGCAAGGAUGGACAGGGGAGUAUCUAUGCCUAAUAUGUUGGAACCAAAAGUGUAUCCCUAUGAAAUGCUCAUGAUAACCAGUAGAGGGAGAGCUAAACUGCCCAGGGAUGUGGACAGAACCAGACUGGAGGAGACAAUAGAAAAGCACCAAGAGUGUCUAAAGAAGCAAAGGGAAGCAGUGAAAUACAGACUGAAAAAACUGGCAGCGCGGCAAUCAGAAAUCACAAAAAAGUCCUCAGUCAUAAAGGAGCGCAUCAUUCGGAAAUAUGAGGAGAUUCAGUCUGUACUGGACGAGGACCUCAGGAUUACCCUGUCCCACCUGGAGAUGGAGGAGCGGGCUGCUGUCUCUGCCCUGGAUGGGCUGAUGGAAAGCAACUGUUCUCUAAUACAGGAGAUAGAGCAGGGCCUGGCCAGACUCACAGUGGCACUGGAGCAGACCGACACAGAGCCUGAUACAAUGUCUUUCUUUUCAUUCCCUGAGCAGCAAGACACAGAUACAGUGGACAGAGUGAUGGAUAUGCUAAACAGGACAGACCCGAGUAGCGUAAGCCUGGACGAAGUAAAAGCUGACCAGAUCCUCAGCCUCACCAACAGCAUGCUUCUGCUAAUCUCCUCACAGACCCCUAUAAUCAAGAAACUCUUCAAGAGUUAUUCCAGUGAGGUGUAUCUGGAUGCAGACACGGCCCACCCAAAGCUGAUCAUCUCCCCCCAAGGUGACAGUGCCACCUACACAGAAACCUGGCAACAACUUGCUGACCUCCCUGGACGCUUUGACACCACCCUCAAUGUCAUCAGCUUGCAAGGCCUCAGCUUUGGUCGCCAUUACUGGGAGAUUGAUGUGACUGGGAAGACUUACUGGGAGCUUGGUGUCACCUAUCCUACCAUUCCCCGCAAGGGCACUACUGAGGACUGCUGGCUGGGCCGGGGGGACGAGUCCUGGUGUGUGGAGUUCUUUGAUGGGGAAUAUACAGCCUGGCACGGAGGGAUGCCCCAUCAGCUGCCUUUCACAAAACGCUUCUGUCGGAUUGGUGUUUUGUGUAGCUUUCCUGCAGGUUUGGUGACGUUUCUUGAGGCAGACAACAUGACGCCGCUGUUCUCCUUCUGUGCAGGAACCUUCUCAGAUUGCCUCCACCUGGCCCUGUGUCCUGGACAUGACCACAAUGGCACCAAUGCUAAACCUAUUGUAAUCUGUAAUACUCCAUCCCCUACCAGUGAUCUCUGAUUAGUAGCUCCACAGAAAAGCUUUUAAUAAUUCCUUGAUGAGGCACAACUUUCUAAUUUUUACCAUGUUCACAGUCAUAGUUUAGCAUGAUAGCAUUAAAAGCCAAGAACAGUAGGUUUCUCCUUCGGUGAGCCAUGAAUGUCUGCACAAUAUCUGGUACCAAUCCAUGCUAUAGAUGUUAAGAUACAUAUUUAAGAAGAUAAGCAAAAACUUUGUCCUGCUGGUGGCUCUAGAGGAAAAGUCAGGGAAUCACCAAAGUAAAGUGGAUUCAUCUUCACCAGGUAUUCCUGUACACCAGGAAUAGGCCAUCUGUACAAAAUUAUUGGCAAUUCAUCUCAUAUUUGAGAUAUUUUAGUCUAGACCAAAGUGGGAGACAGGCCAACAUUCCAACAGAUUGACAUUACUAUGGCUUAAAAUCAUCUACUACUUCUUUGUAUUCAGAAGUCAAAAGAGCAAUAACAAGUUUUGGAUUGCCAGGUUGUGAUAUUUGUCUGACUGGAAUUGAGCCUUUGUAUUUGGUAAUAACACAGUCAUAAAUGUUGGGAAUGGAUUUUAGAAACACUCAUGGGUUUCUCACUUUGUCUAAAGUAAGACUGAAUGGAUGGUAAAAAGCUGUUAAUAAAAGGCUUUUGGGCCAGAUGCUCUGCAAACCAUUUCCACUAAGGUCUUGAUGAAAUGAAAGGGUUUGCUAAAAAGACAAAGCAAGUGUCAGGAUAAAUUUCAUAUAUAAAGCAUUGCUAUUUUCUUUAUUAACCAUUACUAAACCCUUUAUGAAGGGGGCCUUAUUACAAAGUGGUACCCUUGCUGAAACAGAAUUGCUCCUCUUUGAAGAAAAGUAAUUAUCAAGUAUUUCAGAUGACAUAGAGACACAGUGUGAUAAAAAUCUCUUUUAGGAAGAUAGUUCCUUACAAGGGAUCGUGUUUAAGGAGAACACUGCAUAUUUCAUUCAGUGCCUGUGCUGUGUAUUUGUAUUUAUGUACUUUCAGAUGGAUGUACUGAAAUAUUAGUAGUAGUGUCUCUAAGCUCAUUAAACUAAGCAAAAGGA